CGUGUGUGUGUGUGUGUGUUCUCUGCAGAUGCCACAGGUGUGUUGCAGGUGCGUGCUCUGAAGGACUACUGGAACGUCCACGAUCCCACGGCGCUAAACGUGCGUGCUGGUGACGUCAUCAUGGUACGGCCCAUCGGCCACGCCCACCUGCCUCGCCACGCCUCCCUCAAGCUCCGCCCACUUGCAUGCAGCUGCUCCGUUCUGGAGCAGCACAUGGACGGGCGCUGGAAAGGGCAUAUCCAUGACAACCAGAAGGGCAUGGACCGCGUCGGCUUCUUCCCACCCUCCAUAGUAGAGGUCAUCAGCCGGCGCUCAGGGGGCACCCUGUCCCGCCACGCCUCGCUGCCCAGUCACCGGCAGCAGACGCUCUCCAGAGCGCCCCCUAGCUGCCAGAGCGGCGCACCGCAGACCGACGACGCAUACACACUCUACGCACAGCACACACACAGCCUCAACCACGCCAACGGCCUCUCUGCAGGUCCAUCCAGCAGUCAAUCACAGCCCAGCUUCUCUAGGCUGGAGGACAUCUGGGUUCUACGGAACUCCCACUCUGCAGGGGACAGGAACAGUGUGGGCAGUACUGGUAGUGUGGGCAGCACGCGAAGUGCAGGCAGUGGACAGAGCACAGAGAGCAACAGCACCCCCAACGGGCUGCCCCCCGCCACUGCACACACAGACGGGAAUAAGACAGCGCCAUCAGGUGGAGAUCUCCAGCACCCCGACCACAGCAAACAGCCAGACCUAACAGCAGGGGUCCCACGCAGACCAAUUGCUCUGCAGCGGCCGUAUGGGGAGCCCGGAGUGACUCAGCAGUUUGUGCGACCCCAACAGCUCCUCGAGGGAAAGGAUGCUGAGGCGAUUUCUCAGUGGUUAAGUGAGUUCCAGUUAGAGCAUUACACCUCCAACUUCCUCAUCGCUGGCUAUGACGUGCCAACCAUCAGCAGGAUGACCCCAGAGGACCUGACGGCCAUCGGCGUGACCAAGCCUGGACACAGGAAGAAGAUCUCCACGGAGAUUGGCAACCUCAGCAUUCCAGAGUGGCUCCCAGAGUACAUCCCUGCUGACCUGGGUGAGUGGCUGAGCACCAUUGGUCUGCCUCAGUACCACAAGAAGCUGUCGGAGAACGGCUACGACUCCAUUACCAUCGUCAGGGACCUCACCUGGGAAGACCUGCAGGAGAUCGGCAUCACCAAAUUGGGGCACCAGAAGAAGCUGAUGCUGGCGGUGAAGAAGCUGUGUGACGUGCACCGGGCGCAGCUGCAGUCCGAGGCCUUGGGGGGGGGCACUCUGCGUCGCCGCCCCCCCCCCUCGCUGCACCUUCUGACCCUGGAGCCGGCCGACGGGCCGCCGCACGCCGCUGGGGUCACGGGGGUCGUCUCCGGGGGCGACAUGCUCAGCUUCCAGGGCAGCGAGCUGAGCGCCGAGCUGCAGGACGCCAUGAGCAGCCCGUACGGCUCGGGUUGCCACGGCGACACCCUGGCCGCGGGGAUGGGGCUGUCGCACAGCGAGGAGAGUCUUGACGCGCGGUCCAGGGGCUCAGGCCGGUCAGGGGACGCGCCCGGAACGCCCACGCGCUUCAGCCGGUCGCGCGAGAGCCUCAGCAGCUCGGCAGAGGCCAGCCCCGCACGCGAGCGGAACCUUCCGGAGGGCCACACGCACGGGUCAGCCAAGGCCGCGCUCUCGCAGAAGUACCCGGCGCCGCAGCCUCCCGCCAAGCCCAAGGCCCCCGGGAUGCCCGCCGCCAUCGCCAUGGCGACAAGCGGCCGCGGCUUCAGCUACCUGGCGGGGGUGGGCAGCGCCACGCUGGAGGGGUCAUCGUCCAGGGGCUUCGGCGGCCGCACCCAGAGCCUGACGCGCUACGCGCUCUCAGACGGCGAGCCGGACGAAGACGAGGACGAUGGAGGAUGCGCGCGUCCCUCUGGCCUCGCCCACCCCCGCCAGGUCCCGUCCUACGCCACGCUGACCCGUCGUCCCGGCCGCCACGCGGUCGCCCGCUUGCAGUCGGCCCCCGAGGGCCACGCCUCGUCCAGCCUCUCGUCCGGCUCGCCGUCCCCUGUGGGGCGCAGCCAGUCCUUCGCCGUCCGCACGCGUCGCAAAGGACCGCCCCCUCCGCCGCCCAAGCGCCUGAGCUCGGUCAGCAGCGGGGAGACCACCGAGACGGACGCGUCCACCCCGUCCCCCGCCACCUCUCCCGAGGCCGGCGUCUCCACGGCGACGGGGCUCCCGUCUGGGGGCGUGCGGGGGGCAGUCGCGCACCUGGAGACGGCCAAAGCGGUCAGCGGGUUACCGGCCGCCCAUGACGCGCACACACACACACACCUGCAGCCCACACACUCGCCCGACCUGAGCCAGGCGCCUCGGCGCCGAGCCCUCAGCCAGGGCCAAUCAGACGCCGACGCGGCGCCCGACGCCGGCCAAUCAGAGCGCGCCGCCAAGUCGGACUCGGAGGAGGAGGAGCCGAGCGGGCUGGUGGCCAGCGACGGCGGCCAGGGGGGGGGCUCGGGGGGGUCGUCCAGCGAGUGCAUUCCGUUCGCCGAGGAGGGCAACCUCACCAUCAAGCAGCGGCCGAAAGCGGGCGGCCCGCCGACGCGGUCCGAGAGCGUGAGCUCGGAAGCCGAAACCGCUCCGCAAACGACGCCCGAGUUCAAGCUGAAGGAGUCAGACACGGUCAAGCGGCGGCACAAGCCCAGGGACAAGGAGACGCUCACGGCCGAGGCCAUCGCCAUGGAGAUGGAGCGUAGGCACCAGCAGCAGCAUCAGCGGCGGUCAGCGAGCCCGAGGCGGAGGACCGAGUCCGAGGCCAGCAGCUCCAGCGACCUGGAGGUGACCUGGAGCGACUCGGAGGGCACACACACUCACGCACACACACACACUCACACACACUCGCUGGCUCCGCACAGCAGUGGGGGGUCGCCAGGGAAACAGGCCCCACCCCCCAUCAGGCCCAAACCGCCAAGAUCGCCAUCGCCACGACUACAGAGCAGUCCGACACCCACAGUGGUGAGCCCGAGUGUGUUGGUGAACAUGCAGCAGAGUGUGGCCUUCAGCAGCCCAGCGCCGUCGCCUCCUCCCCCAGCGGCGGUGCCUCCUGCUCAGGCAACGCGCCCAGGAAAGUCCCCUGCUCCGACGGGAGCUCCAGAGGAGGCCCAGCAGAGGCUGGAGAUGACCAGCACCUCACUGGAGGCAGCCCUGAAGGCUGUGGAGCAGAAACUCACACUGGACACUCAGCACACACACAGCAGUCCACUGGUGGUGAAGUCAGCGGGGAACAUUCUAGACGACAUCGGGAACAUGUUCGACGACCUGGCUGACCAGUUAGACGCCAUGUUGGACUAACACUCCACAUCACACACACACACACACACACACACACCUCUUCUUCUCUCUCUCUCCCCUCUACCCCCAGACAACACACUCUCACACUCACACACACACACACACACACACACACACACACACA